UGGAGCAGAGGCAUCAUUAGCUGCAUAACAGGGGAUCAUAUGGAAACACAGGGUGACUGAUGCUUAUAUUUUUUCUGAAACAGUCAGCGGGAAACCUUUGACAGAGCAAGGAUGAGUUAGCAGCCCAUGACUGCACUACUGGAAGUGGGAGCUUGUUCUAGUGAAUCAGCAUCCAUUACACAACAACAUUAUCGUCAGCAAAGUACUGCUGGAGGAACCUGCCUGGAUCUUAGCAGAACCUCAGUACAUAUUGUUGAUCAUGCGGCAGACCAAACAGCCCAACUUCAUGCUGAUGGUGUUUGGAUACCUAAUACCUGUCAUUUGGGGUUUUCCAUUUGGACCGGUUCUUGAUAUGGAUGUCACCCCCAGGACAACUGUACAUGUUAAUGGGCUGCUGGGUUGUAAUCAUUUCCAUGGAGCUGCAGUGAACUAUAGCUCUCUGUUACUGGAGGAUGGACCAGGGUUGUUGUAUGUUGGGGCCAGAGAAGCCAUUUACAAACUGGACACCACUAACAUCUCUGACACCGAUAUCUCUCUAUCUCUGGAAUGGGCAGCAUCUUCUGACCAGAAGAGGCAGUGCCUGAGCAAAGGAAAGAACAAUCAGACUGAAUGCUACAAUCAUGUGCGGUUCCUGGACAGAUACAAUGACACUCACCUGUACACCUGCGGGACACAUGCCUUCAGACCACGCUGUGCUUACAUAGAUGUGGCACGCUUUACCUUUGUGCGUUUUGAGGAGGGAAAGGAGAAAUGUCCUUAUGACCCUACAAAGGGCUACACUGGAUUUAUAAUAGAUGGUGAGAUGUACUCUGCCUCCCAGUAUGAGUUUCACAACAUCCCUGAUAUACGACGCAACUUUCCCUUCCCCAACUUGCGGACAGAUGAUUCCCCAACAAGAUGGCUGUUGGAGUCAGAUUUUGUUGGCUCAGCAUUACUCAGAGAGAGCAUCAACAGCUCCAUUGGGGAUGAUGACAAACUCUACUUCUUCUUCACGGAGAGAAACACGGAACCAACAGCUUACUCCAGUCAGACCAAAGUGGCCAGGGUGGCCCGUGUGUGCCCAGUGUCCAAAAUAAAUUCACAGUAUGUUCUGCAUGCUUCGAUUAAUGGCAUUAAUAAGUGCAACUCUGUGUCUUGUAGAUACAGUCUCGUCCAGGACAUCCAGAUGGGAAGCAGAGGCUGUACUAAUAUUACAAGUGAUGGUUUUGUCAUGCACCGGACACGUGCAGUGAUGGCAGGAGAUGAUGUUCUGUUACAGUGUGAGAUUCGUUCUAACCUGGCCACCCCUCACUGGACGCUGAACGGUCAGCAGCUGCAAGGUUACGGCGUAGACUUCGGCUACCGCACCGGCACUGAUGGCCUCCUCAUCAUUGGAACUCAGAACCAGCAAAGUGGACACUACCGCUGUUACGCAGUAGAGAACGGUGUCUGGGUUCCCGUUCGCAGCUACGUGGUACGGGUCCAACCUGUUCCACCUCCUGCAUCACAUCUCUCGGGAAGCCCAACGGCUUUACCUGAAAGUUUCUUCACCACCACAACCGCACCAACUCCGAGUCCUUCCAGCGGUCCUGUCGAGCAGCUUCUGUCGCCCCCACCGGGCCUGUUGCCUUCUAGACCAGAGUUCCAAAACUACAGGCACAUGGAGGCUAUGUAUAUCUCUCUGGUGGCUGUUCUUGGCGGGCUUUGUCUGGUUCUAAUGGUGGUCCUCCUGUACGUUAGCUUCUGUGCACGCAACUCUCCCAAUGCCAGAAAGUACUCCCAGCAAGCUCUGUCUGUAACCACGGCAGCCGAAAGAAAGAGGAGCUCGCUCUUUGAGCUUAAAACCAUCUCCAGUCACUGCAAUGGCAGAACGGAGGGGCGUAGCAGAGCGAUGUCAAGAGACGGAGAGUUUCUACAGAUCGUUCCAGCGGACAUCCAGACCACGCCUAGCAAGGAACCUCCGCCUGCGCCGCCACUUCCUCUGCCUCCGCCCCUGCCUGCAUCGGAGUAUGCCAACGGACUGUCGGCCACAUUGCCCAGUGUGCUAAGAAAGAUGAACAGGAAUAGCUAUGUGCUCCUGAGCCAGACGGACACGGAAAUUAUGUCUCCGCUUUACCACUCCUUCACCGAGGAGCUCAACAGGAUUCUAGAAAAGAGGAAACACACACAGUUGGACAUCCAGCCAGAUGAGAGCUCAGUGUAGCACGAUCUCGCAUCACUACUAUAUCGCACCCUUGUGGUAUGGAGGCUUACAUUUUGUAUAAGAGCCAAAAGAAACAUGUCUUUUGAAGUUCUUCAUGGUUUCUCUUUGAGAACUUUGAGAAUCAUCUCAUGAAAAUAUAUUCUUGAAAAUAUUUCUGAGUUUGGCCGAAUUUACUUUGAAUUGAAUAGACAUCAAAUGUAGCUAAAGACACCUAGACUGUGGACCUCGAAGUGUAAAAAUCACAAGAUGAUAUUCAGUCAAGAACACGCAAGACUCAAUUUGGUUAUAUUGUUUUGUUUUAAAGGAGAAGUAAGAGACUUAAGAACACUGUCCAAAGACUUUCUCAGCAAAGAAAUGCACAUUUGUACAAAAUCAAUGUGAUAUUAUUGCUCAAAUGCAGACGUUUACAGAUUUUUUGUUUUUGCCUAAUUGCACCUGAUUUAAAUAACAAUCAUUUUAUUAUCAAAGUACUAAUAGUCAGAGCAUUUUCAAAACUUCUUUGCUAGUUCAUUAAUAAUUCAAAAAGAGUUUGGGUUUUGAGCCUGUUGGCAACAUUUCAUGAAUGUGAGAGCACAUGUUCUUGAGAUUUGGGCAUUUUACACAGUUUCACACUAGAUUGGAGUCAGAUUACAGGAGCAGCGAGUGUUAGCACAUGCAUCAUUGACAUCUAUACAGAUACAGAGGUGGUCAUUUUCAGAGUUAGGGAUGUCAGAAGGAGUGAAUAGAUCUCAAAAUGGAAGAAACACUCUCUCUGAUGCAAGAUUUCCCUGUCAAAUGAGAUGCUCACAAACGGAAGUAAAAGCCAAAAUGCCAGGACGUUUGAAGUUUGAUGAGUUUGCAUUUAGUUUAUUUUCUGCAUUUUGAACGCAUGACAAUGCACCUGGUUAAUUGACUUUUAAACCUCAGGCAUAAAUGUAUUUCUAUCAGGGCUGUCAGUUUAUUAUUGUAAUUUAAUUAAA